CACAGUUCAAACUUUUGCUUUCACACAUAGCCCACACAGUGAGCUACGUAAAGAGAAAUUCCAGCAGCCUCCAGACAUGAUUACCUCAUUUGCUGCCAAACCCUAUCUUUGGCUUAGUUGCCUCUUUGGCCUCCAGGUGGACAGCUCCAGUCUCUCUGCCAAGGACGAUGACUGACUGUGAGUUCAAGUACAUUCACUCUCUGGCUGAGGACUAUCUUCAGUAUGUCCUGCAGGUACCUGCUUUUGAAUCGGUGCCAAGCAAAACAUCCAGGGUGCUACAAAGAGUUGCUUUCUCGGUUCAAAAAGAAGUCGAAAAGAAUCUGAAACUAUACUUGGAUGAUUUUGAUGUGGGAUCCAUAGAUACCGCCAGAACAAUAUUCAAUCAAGUGAUGGAAAAAGAAUUUGAAGAUGGCGUCAUUAACUGGGGAAGGAUUGUGACUAUAUUUGCCUUUGGGGGUGUUCUCCUGAAAAAACUUCUACAAGAGCAGAUUGGUUUGGAUGUGGGCGCUUACAAGCAAGUCUCCAGUUUUGUGGCUGAAUUCGUAAUGGAUAACACAGCAGAGUGGAUACGUCAGAACGGAGGCUGGGAAGAUGGAUUCAUGAAGAAGUUUGAACCUAAAUCUGGCUGGCUGACUUUUCUGGAAACAAUAGGGCAGAUCUGGGAAAUGCUCUUUUCUUCUCAAGCAACACUACUGACCAGAGAGGACCCUGGCUCCUGCGACAAUGGUGACCAUCACUUAGUACUUCCAUUUGCAAACAGUUCAGCUGAUAGGACUUGACUUUCCAGAGUGCAGAUGUUUUGUUCCUACUUUAAUAAAUAAACUACAGAUA